AUGGAGUUCUCGAAGGAGUCGACGGCGUUCAACGACCGGCUGGGCGGCAAGCUGGAGGCGCUGGUGACGGCCACGGGCAUCAGACAGGGCGACGCGGUGCUGUUCAACAACCUGGACAAGGACUACCCGAACGUGGCCGUGGCCAACGUCGGCCCCACCGUGGCGGGCCUGGACGACAACGAAGCGAUGGACCUGAGCAAGGAGAACGUCCGGCAAGCGGUCGGCAAGGCCGUCGUCCUGUUGGCCGACGAGGGCAGCAACAAAGUGGUGCUGGACGGCCUGAACAGCCCGGAAACCGUGGCGGAGGCCGCCACGCUGGCCGCCUGGAAGUUCGAAAGCACCAAGUCCAUGGAGAACCAAGGCGUGCCCGUCGUGGUGGAGCCGCUCAACAAGGACGACCGGGACCUGUUCGACAGAGGUAUGAUUUACGGCGGCGCACAAAACCUAGCGCGGCUGCUGACCGAAAUACCGGCCAACAUACUGACGCCCAGCAACUUUGCCGAGCAAAUGAUCCGCACGCUCUGCCCAUGCGGCAUAACCGUCGACAUACAGGACCGCGACUGGAUCGAAUCGAAAAAGCUGUUCGGCGUGCUGGAAGCGUCCAAGGGGUCGUGCGAACCGCCGCUGUUCGCCGUGGUCGGCUACUGCGCCGGUGACAAGAACGACAAGCCGAUGGCGUUCACCGGACACGCGACCACGUACGACACCGGCGGCAUGUGCAUCCGCGAGUGCGACGACAUGGCCUACAAAAAGCGGCACGUGGCGUCUGCCGCCACCAUCGUGGGCAUGAUGAAGGGCAUCGCGCAGCUCAGUCUGCCGGUGAACGUGUACGCCUAUAUCCCGCUGUUCGAGAACGCCACGUCCGGCACGGCCAUGCACGCCAGCGACGUGUUCAACGCGCUCGACGGCAAAUCCGUCAAUGUGGACAACACCAACUUCGUGAACCGGCUGGCCAUGGCCGACACGCUGCUGUACGCGGCCAGCACCAACCCCAAGCUGCUGGUGCACGUCAACACGCUCAGCCAUAUUGCGCACACAGUUUUCGGCGAGGUGGCCACGCCGUUGUUCACCAACAAUCAGAUGCUGUGGAAAGAAGUCGAGCGAGCCGGCGCCACCAUGGGCGACCGCGCGUGGCUGCUGCCCCGGUACGAGCGCAAGCGGCAAAUGAUCACCAGCGAUCCGCUGGCCGACAUGGCCGUGCUCGGCGAGGGCGGCAUGCUGCUCGACGACUUGCCCAAGAGCGCGGCGUUCGCAAACGAGUUCAUGGCCGACCUGGACUUUGUGCACCUCGAACUGGCCGGCGUCACCAAGAACACCGACGAGGUCACAUACCCGUACCUGAGGCGGGAGUUCGCCACCGGUCGCUUGACCAGGACCCUGAUGCAAAUGAUCUACCAAAUGGGUUGUCCCCAUGAUCCGCCGGCGAUCAAGCCGGCGCCGGUCAGAAAAUGA